AUGAUGGCUUCUUCUGCGCAACCAUUGAAAUGUAUCAAGGUUCUUCAAGAAUGCAAUAACCAGACGGACGAGCAGAUGCUCACUUUGCACAAUAUUAUGGAAGAGGAGGAAACCUUCUUUCAUAAAACAUCAGUGGGACUCAAGAAAUGCGUUGAGGAUAUAGGUCGACAACGUUCGCUUUUAUAUCAGACGCUUAAAAAUUGCAAGGAAAGCCGUUGCGAUCAUACUAGGGCUCGUAUGCUGGUCCAACAAUCAGCUUUAACGCUGUUUCGCUUCAAACAAGAUCAUGAUGAGAAAAUGCGCGAAAUGUUGUUCAUGGAGGAGCCAUACAUGAGGAUUUGGGAGAGGGCUCACAGAACAGCUGCGCACGGGGAACCAAGUACUAGUCAAGCACCGAUCGUGGAAGAAGACGAGGAAGGCGAGGAAGAGGAAGAGGAUGAGGAGGAUGAGGAAAAUGUGGAAGAUGAAGGUGAAGGUGAAACAAGUGACAUCGAAAAACUGAACUCGGACUUUGAGGCGAUGAAAAUGAUUUGA